UUGUACAGUGCAAGUCUGACAAGCAGACAAGCAGACAAGCAGACAAGAUGUAUCAGCCAGCGCGGGCGGUGCAGAUUCAACCACCACCUGACGGCUCAGAUGAGCUCUGCCACAUCAUACACCACCCAGCUCCAGCUGCAGCUCUGCCAAUGUCGUCUGGGUAGCCAGGCCUGCCGCCAGCCAGCUGACUCGCCCCGCCCAGCCCGCCCGCACCCUCAGGCUGGUCGCCGAUCCCCGACCGUGGGAGCUGGCUCCGGGGCCCCGCAUCCACCCAGCCUUGCCAGCCCACCAGGCGCCCCCAGGCAGCCCCAAGUCCCAACCCAGCAUCUGCCGGACCCCGAACCUGGGGUGCCAGUGCUCCGUCAUUGCUGGCGCCUUUCCCUCCCAUCCUGCAUCUCGCUCCGUUGCAGUCAUCCGCUUCGUCCGUGACAAGGCAGGACCCACGUCUCGCUCGCACGCGCUGCAACGAUCAGCCACCUGCUGCCUGUUUCGCCUAUGGUCCAGCAUCUCUCAUGCCGCCCGAAUCCCCUCCGUGAUGGCGACUCCGUCGACCGGCGCCGUACCGCCCCCGAAGCAGAUCCGUUUUGUCAACAACCAGGGCCAGCCCCCCUCCAAAAGGCGGCGCGUGAAUGCAGCAUGUCUUACUUGCCGGAAACGGAAGACGCGGUGCGACGGAGAGAAACCGACCUGUUCGACGUGCGAUAAGAAUGGCCACCAGUGUCUUGGAUACCCCGAGCAGAAUGACAGGCUCAGGACAGACUCCGCCAUCUCUCCUGUCAAGGUGGAGGGAGGAAUCGGUACUUCGCCCAUCGAACCCGAGGACGACCACCUCACAGAUGUCCUCGACAGCAAACACCUCGGCCGCCGCCCAUCAGAGCCCCGGAAUGGUACAAGUCGCCACUCCGAGACCACGCUCGAAUAUAGCUCUACACACAAGCCACGCAGCGACUCGUCCUCCACAACGAGCGGCGGCACCAUUGGGAAAUCGAGGAAGGACAUCAACAAGGAUUGGGCUACGGAACCAUCAAAACCACAAACUCCAGAAAAGUCAGCAAAGAGACCCCCGUUCCAGCGCACCGUCUCCUUUUCCGACGAUGGCCAAAGCCCGAGUACCCGAUCACCUGUCCAGCACCACCAUGAGACUCACAAGGUCCCCUACUUCCGCUACUUCGGACCGACUGCUAUUGUACCGGGCUAUAAGCAGAUGGUGGUCAACGUGCACCACUAUCACCGACGCAGGAGCAGAGGAGGCUCUGCCUCGGUCACCUCCCCCGAGUCUGGGUCCAUGUUGAGCCACCACAGCCUACCUUCGCACGCCGACACUGUCCUGCAGGCAAUGGAAGAAGUGCCUGCAUACGACCCAAACGACCCUGGCCCCGUCCACCCUACCAUAAUCAACCUGAUCAAGAUCUUCUUCGUACAUCUUGGCUGUAGCUACCCGUUCCUGCAUGAGGAGCGCGUGCUGCGCAUGGUGAAAGAGAAGAGGCUGGACGCAAUCCUGGUGGACGCAAUCUGCGCCUUGGCGGCCAGAUUCUCGACCGCGACGGACUCUUUGGGUGCCGCCGGAGAAGGGUCGAAGUGGGACUACGGAAACGCUUUUGCGCAGAGGGCACGAACCGCGACGGUUGAUGCAUUCCCAUGUCCCUCAGUCGGCGCAGUCCAAGCUUAUUUGCUCAUGGCUUACGAGGGCUUCGGCGCGGGCCAGGAUAGUACUCUGUGGAUGUAUCUUGGUCUUGCGAUACGCAUGGCGUUCGACCUGGGCCUACAGAAGAAUGAGGGCGUCCAAUUCCGAGGCGAUAAAGACCCAUGGUACACUCGGUCCUGGAACCAUGCAAAUGGCGAUGAGGAGGACACCAGUACCGCGAUACCAAAAAGCGAGACGCUGAACCCUGAAGAGCAGCAAGAGAUCGUCCAGGAGCGUGUCGAUACCGCGUGGGCCAUCUAUAUCCUGGACCGCAUCAUUUCCACCGGCACCGGUCGGACUGUCACCAUCAAAGACGAGGAAUUCGAAUUACCAACCCCGGAGCCACUGAUCGACCCAGCCUCAGGCUGGCCACUUCCUUAUCCUGCGUUCAUCCAGAUCACUCAGUUCUACGGCCGCGUCUCCGAUGUAUUGAACAAGAUCAACAAAGUGCAGGACCUUACAGAAGAAAAGAUGGCUAUACUGGCAAAGAUUGAAAGUGAUCUGACCCGACUCUACCACAAACAAGACCCCCGCUUGCAUUUCAAUCCGCUGCACUUCCAGAAUUACGUCAAGCAUGGGCAGGGCACGACUUUUAUUUUGCUACAUGUCUGGUUUCAUGCCUUGAUCAUUGUCCUGCACCAACCGCUCCUGACAUCCUUCGGCAUCAGACAGCCUCAAUUGACAUCACAUAGUCGAGAACUGGCCAUGUCAAGUGCCAAAACGAUUGCCGAUAUUCUCGCCCUGGCCGAACUCAUCGACCCGAAAAGCUACAUCGGCAACCCGUUCAUAUCGCAGCCCAUGUACAUUGCUGCGUGCGCUUUCUUGACCGAGUCGGCUGCCGUUGCCUCACAACCCGUCUCGAGGGAUGCGUCUCCACCGCUUGCGAACGCACCCAUCAACACAAACUCGGCCAGACCGACUAAUAAGAAGACCAAGUCAGGCGCAGAGUCAAGAUCUUCCAAGCAUUCACUAUUAGCUGAUGCCGCAAAUCAAAAUUAUCAGAGGUGCUACAAGGUUCUGCAACAGCUCAUCAUGUAUUGGAAUGGUGUCAACUACAUUCUCGUCGCAUUAGAACAUAGGUCAAAGGGCGUUUGGGACUGCGAGACCUAUACCGCCGAGGAGUACGAGAGCACAAAACUACCUCGCCGCCCUACUUCAUUAAGUCGCUUUGCGCGGCUCGAUAAUCCAUCUUCACCCCAGCCGAGCGCCCCUCCGAUUGCAUGGUCGCUCACUGGAACAACAAAUUCACCAAAUUCGAGUCUCACACUUUUGUACCAGAACAUGAACGCGGGGGGUACGCAGACUCAAGGCCCUACCCAUCCGCCUCCGUCAGCUGCACCUCAAUCCGCUCCAACGCCCCCAGGCAACAUGAUCUACGAUCCGAUACGCCAGAGCCUUCCGGAGACUCCAACAGCGUUCUCCUCGACUUUCCCACAGCAGAACAUGUCUGCUAUGCGCUACUCUGCGAACAACUCGGCCGCGCACCGAAUGACCCCGUCGCUAUCGACUAGCCUUACCUCGGACGCCAGAUCAGGCCUGACGCCUGACGUUGGCCCCGGUACACCUGCAACCGGUGGCGCCAGGCUUCAGGUUCUGUCUGGAAUCGCGAGUGGAGGUCCUGUUCACCCGCCACUGUCGACCCAUCCGUUCACACCAUCCUCGAACUACGAAUCUUCUGUCCUUCAGGGCACCUCGCCACCGAACUCACUUAGUGACCCAAACUCUGUCCACCACCAGCGCAUGCACCAGCUCAACCACGGCGCCCCGAGCCACACAUCAAAUGAUGUGGUUGGGAACUAUGGGCAUGAUUUCGCACAGAAUGGCCUCGCCUCUGGUUCAUACCCUUACUUCGGUGCUGGACCAAUAGCUGACGCUAUCACGGUGGAAGAGAUCAACAUUGGAUCACUCGGACUACCAAACGAUAUGAUGCCGCCAUGGGAUUUCUUCCCCGGUGACUUUACAGGGCUUUUCGAUUCGAAUAACCUUGGGGGAGGCGCCGACAACCACGGUCACAUGUGAUAAUUGCGCAAUUUCACUAUUAUGUCUUGGCCUUUAUCCCCCCCCCUUUUUUUUUCUAGAUAUUGAUGAUGAUUCGACGCCACGGAGCACUGUGUGGCGUUCGUAUUUGUGAUGUUCUGAAGUUCUGCAUGUUGACAUCGGAACUAUUAGUUCUUGACAAUUUCUCUUCGGUGGCAUGCUAUAUCAAAUGCAAAGACUGCUAUUCGCGCAUGGAGGCAAUCGUCUUUACACAAUGGGGUUGGAAAAUGAGUCAGGCUAUGCAAGAAUGCGACCCAAAGGUCAAGCGUGGGCAAUGUUUAUCUGGGCGCUUAGGGGAAUCAUGGACUGGAACAUUUUAUUGCUUCGGACUAUACAUGUUGUGACAAUGCAACCGAUGACGGUUGGCGUUUUCGAGUUGUGCGUACGAAAGAUGCCUCAAAAUUAUCAAAACCAUUGAGCGUGGGUUGAUUCCCACGACUGCAUCCCGUGCUUUGUUGUCCCUUCGUUCCAGUCUCUGCCAUGUACCUGCUGAAUAUCGCUCUCGUGAUUCCAAUGUGCGAUGACCACGCCGGAUGAUGUCGCAUACGUGCCAGCCUCAUCCUGCUGUCUGAAGCACCCAAACUCCAACGGCCCCCACCCCCGGGGUGCUGACCUCUCCUUUGCUACUCGAGACCUACGCAAGGUCUGGCCAACCACAACCCAAACCAGACACCUCAAGCCGAAUGCGAAGGGUGAGGAUUGGUCCCGGGGAAGUUGUUGUCCGCCUCGGCCCGCGCCCUAGCAUCGAGUGCGGUGGCGUCCGGGCCCGAGCUGCCCGCCGCGCCGACGGGCUGGCGCGGUUGGUGUUGGCCGCGGUUGAUCUUGGGCUGGUCCCCUGCCGCGGCAGUGGUGCCUGUGGCGUUGGGCUCGCUUCCUAGGCUGUCUGGUAGGGUCUCGUGAUCUGGGCGGGUUCCUGGUGGGGGCUGUUGUUCCGAGGUCGGUGGGUGGUUAUCUUUUUGGGGCGGUGAUUCCCGGUUUGGGUGGAGGACUUUCUUGAUUGUGUCCAUUUUGAUGCUUUUCUCGAAUGAGGGGUAUCUUAUGUUCCAGUACGUAGCUUUGAUGGUGUUUAUUGUAGGUCUGGUCGGGUGAUAUGUCAUCAACCUUGGAAGCUGAACUUGGUCAAUGGUAGGUGAGGGAGAGCGCCGGUGUGGUCCGCUUUAUUUGAUUUGUGUCGUUACAGUCCUCAAUGGUAGGUGACUUAUUUGGAUUCACAUAUAGUCCGGGGUAAGACAGAACCGGAUUGCUGGACAAGUGAGGUUUGCU